UGGAACAUCGUACAAAAAAACCAAAUUGUUGUACUACUGCCAAUACUGACGCGGUGCCCUCUUGGCACCUAACUUCGGGUCAUUGCAUUUUUUCAAGCACUUGUUACGGUCUAACUGCAAUCAUAAACACGGAUCAUUGUCCAGGCUCCACGAUGUCGCCCAGAAGUGACAAUUACUACCCAGGGGCAGUACUUAUCAGAGUCAGUGCGACUUAAAGUUCUCUUUUGCGCAGAAACACCACACGCAGUUGGAGUAGAUACUCUUUUUUCUUAGUAAUAACUGACUCCUCUGAGAAAAGCCAAGCCAUUUGCCAAGCUCAAGGCCCCGUUGAAAUAACUUACGAGUCUCACUGAUCGCAAGAUUAGACUGUUAAAGACAACGGAUCUGAUCUUCCUUUAAUAAUGGAAAAAUUCGUUUGGCUGCUGUGGAAUGUGGCAAUUCCCUUGUUAAUCCUUUUUAGAGGAGUCACUGCCUUUGGCGGAGAUGGUUCGUUGGUUUCUCAUUCUCAUUCUGCCGGCUCCACUGAACCCAAAAGUGGACAGCUUGGAAUUUCGAGUCGACUGCCAUCCACAACCCAAUUAAUUCGCUCAAGCACACCAUCCCUCAUAACCGACCACACUGAAGACCUCUUGUUUGUCUCGUCAGUUGUUGGGUCGAAGUCAGCGAAUACGACAAAUUUUUACAACGAUGGCUUCAUUCCAAAAUCGAGCUUGAAUGCAGGACCGAAAAAAAGCUAUGCACCAUUUGUGACUAGCAAGUCAACACAGAAAAUUCAAGUCGAAUCUUUUGCCUUAAAAAGUGUCUGGCAGAAUGGUGAGGCUACAUCCACCGAAGAUAAAACCUACCCCUCCUCCUUCACCUUUACCUCCUCCUCUUCUUCGUCUUCCUCUUCAACCCCCCUGCUGCUGUCCCCAUCCUCACCCUCUCCUUUACGCUCCUUCCCAUUCACCACUCCAAUCUCAUCCUUUCCAUCAGCAUCGUUUUUAUUCACGUCCCUCUCAUCAUCUCCAUCUUCCUCGUCAUCAAACAUAUUCCCCUCGUCCUUCUACUCUCCCCCCUUUCUCUCAUCUUCAUUCUCGCGGCCAUCCUUCCCUUUCUUUUCCUCCCCCGUCUCCUCUGAUAUCUCCUCGUCAUUAAGCUCAUCUUCGUCCCUCUCACCAUCACCUUCGUCUUCCUAUUCGUCAACCUCCCCCAAGGUAUCAUCCUCCUUCUCUCCAUUGGUUUCUUCGUCAACAUCGACAUUAUCAUCUUCUCCAUCUCCCUUACUCUCAUCAUUGUUAGCAACCUCUUCCUUCUCCUCACCAACAGUUUUUUUACCGACACCAGCCUCUUCGUCACUCUUAUUUUCCAACUCAUCAUCAACAUCAUCAUCAAUGUCGCCAUCUCCAUCAUCGAUGAUAUCGAUAUCUGUUCGGUCAUCAUCGUUGCCCCUCUCAUUCCUACAACGUCUUCCUUCAUCAACACCAUCCCCAUCAUCCUCGGCAGCACCGUCAAAGAAGUUUGUAUCAUCUCCUUCAUUAUCGUCAACUACAUCGAUGUACGUUGAAUCGACCACGACGGUGAUUCGUACCAGUGGUACAGAAAAACCUAUCAGUCCAACACCCAGUAAAGUGUGGAGAGCAAAGCUUACAAUCAUAAACAUGUGAGUUUCCUUUAAAAGUGUUCGCUGCCGCAGCGUUUGGGGGUUUGGUAGUUAUGGUCAUUGGCUUCGUACUAUACAAGAAAAUCAGCCAAAAAAGAAGAGAGCGUGAGGGCUUUAAAAAUACAAAGGAUAUAUUUGCGUUGAACGACUUCAAUUCACCAAAUGAUAAUGAGGAGGAAGAAAGAGAGCUUGCCUCACAGAAAAUGCGAAUCAGUGUUUACGAAGACAAAGAGGAAGAUGAGGACGAAAUAACACCAUUUUGCAAACCUGGCGUCAAGAGAAUGAGUACUAUGUGAUAUUAAUUUAGCAAUUAAGCAAUUAUAAUUAUUUAAGUAAUUUGGAAGUCAAAAUUUCCCUUCUUGUUUUCAUCCAGUUAGCCAAUGAUGUCGCUUUGUAAUCAGCUUUAGGUAAAAAAAAGCGCUUGCUUUUGAUCUGUUAAAUUGCAACCAAUUAGGUGCAAGAUUUUUCCGCGCUUAAGGAUAAUCAAAUUUAUUAGCCUUGCAUUUUUUUGCGCUUUGGCUUUUUUUUAAUAGGAAAAAACUGUCUUAGUGGAGCACAAGACCUGAGCAUCCGACUGUUUUAUUCGAAGGAUACGGAAAAAAGGUUGCUUAGCAACUAAAUACCAUCGAUGGAAGGAGUUCUUUAUGACGAGUUAGGAAGUAAUUGUUUUAAACGUUGUAUAGAAGACAACAUUUAAUUUUUAACAGUAGGUGUCCUUUUUAAAGGUAGUUUUAGACAAGAUGAAAAUUUUUAAGCAUAACUUAAGUUUCAUUUGGAAGGAAGUCGUUGGAGUCUAUUAUAGUUUUGAUUUGUUGCUUAUUUCUAGUUUUUUAUUGUUAAUUAGUUGCACCAAGAGUGGACAGACUACGUUCACUGAGGGUGAUCGGGUUUUCCUCAUUCAGUAGAAGCUACAUAUAAAAAUUUUAGGGAGCCAAGAAUGCAGCCUCGUAGAAGCAUAACAGCGUUGGGUAGACUUGAAAAAAAAUUAUGCAUAAUAAAGAAGACAUCAAACUGGA